AUGGGUAACACGCUUGAGCGCCAUCCAUUUUCAGGGCUAGUUCAUUCGGCAGAUGAACUAACACCUUUUGUGGUGUCUGAUGAGCGUGCAUUCUGGCACCUUAACCCCGCGUUCGGUUCAUCCCGCAUCGCCAGUUCUGCUUACCAAAAAUGGCCCACUAGUAACGGUACAUUCAAGUGUCCACGUUCAAUCAAGUAA